UAAUGUGGCCGGCUGCCAGGACUCCUGCGGACGCUGAUAUUACACACAAACAAGGCCAUGUCAGCAUUUCAAUAUCCAUGGAUACAAUCAACACACUGGCACUGUGCACGGCCACGACGGAGAGUGAAAUGGACAGUGCAAGCCUCUCAAGUAGAAGAACAUCCACAUCCAUUUCAGAUGGAGAAGAAGGCAGCUGUACCUCAAUCUGGCUUCCACGGAGUCCUGGGAUACAGUAGAGAGUCUGAAUGGAGAAAAAGCAAUCUUCAGCCCCCGUCUACUAGUGACCAUACAGUAUUGUGCGAGAUUUGCGGUGCGAAAGCAAAGCCUCUGCUUGAUUUUUCAAAGACCCUGAGUCCUGAGGAUUUCUGCUGCCCUGGGAAUAUGGAGGUGUUUAAGAAGUUGGAGCAGGAGUGGCACUUGCUGCAGGGACACUGUGCUGAAUAUUCACAGGAACAUGACUCCAAUUUGGAGAAAGCGUGGGAGCACAGAGACAGAGCAAGAUUGCAGAGGGUUGCAGAGGAAUGUCUGAGAAAGGCUAAAAAGCUGUCUUCAGGAAACCAAACCGAGAUUCCGGGCUGCAAAGUGACGUCUUCUGGUUUGUACACCACCAUCACUUUCCGGCUUUCAGAUUACAUCCGCUUCAGAGAGAGUGAACGCUUGUCCGCGAGGGAGAACGACAUAAAAGAGGCGAAUCCCAGACCGUCCCAGCUCUGCAGCACUAAUAGUUCACUUCCAGCUGGGUUUGGUCUGUGCCAUCAUCAGGGCCACAUGCAGAAGUUUUACUCGAAUGGGAAUAAAUUUCUCACAGCGCUUCCAGACGGCACUGCCCAAAUCUUCUAUCCUUCAGGAAAUUUGGCCAUUAUCGCUUUCAUAGAUGAUACAGAGGGCGUCUGCAUCGUUCUUGAUGACCUCAGGUCAAGUUCUCCAAUCAGAGCCUUCUUCCAGUCCAGUGGCAUUGCCGAUUGUUACCAUAGCAACGGGAGUACCUGGUUGCACAUGGACGCAUGGGGAGGGCUGAGUCUAAAUGAAGACAGGUCCAGAAGAAGCAAGUGGAAAUGGACAGACAACACGAACAAUCUGACACCCUUCAAACCCAUCUUCCAGUCACUCAAUAAAAACAUCGGGGUCAGAGUUCGGGGACAAGGUUCUGUCUUCGUGACCUUCCUGGCCUCGGGACAGCAUGCUCGCUUUAGCGUAGGCAGCUGCAUAAAGCCAAGUGACCCUACUCCAUCGCUGCGUAAAGAUGAGCUGAUGCUGCAGGUGAGCCAGGUCAACGCCCGUCUGGCUCUCGAACGCCUGCGCUGGUGCCUUGAUUUCCACUCGGAUGCUAGCCGUCGGUCUCUCAGGCUCCCCCCAGGCCUCAUCUCAGAGGGACAGAGACUUCUGAGGCUCAGCUCCAGCAUAAGGAUGGAGGAGAAGGACAAGGCCUAUAUACAGCACUGCCUGCAGGACUGCCAGUGACCGCUGACCUCAGGAUCAAUACUUAAUUCUAAGUUUUGACUUGACUCCUAAAGAAGCAAACUCUACCACACGAGUCUAUUGAAACAUGUAAAUAAAUUGAGCACAAUUAAUUAGACAGAAGAAGAAGAAAAAAGCACAGUUUGUCCUGUUACUGAAAAACAGGACAGGGUAAAACCCAGAUAUUCACAGGAUUUCAAAAAUCAUAGUGUAUCCAAAGAGAAGCCAACAAAAAGAAAAUAAAAACACAAAGGUUCAGAACUUACCCGGGCAAACUCGAUUGGAUUGGAAAGACUUCACAAUGAGUGUCAUGAACCAUGUUAUUUAUAUAGCCAGUGAACAGGAUUAGAGAGUAUUAUAAUGCAAGGAAGGGGCCCUCUGAUGGUCUGGAGGUGAAAUGUCCCUGACAGAUGCAGGAAAAUGGAGAUUCCUUCCAUAAAUGUUCUCCAGUUAUAGCGAAAACUUCACCACAUCAACAGUUAUACAUCUAUAAGUUAUAACUUUAUACUAUAGAGACCAUAGCAUAUUAGAUUGAGUGCAUUAUUAUAAAAAUGUACUGUUUUAGUGAGUGAUGUCGCCUGUGAACGUACAACCCUGUUACCCUAAAGAUUAUAGACAAAUAUGAAAAUUGUUCAAUUGGAUGAUAGUUAACCUCAUUCUGUGUAUUGGAUAAUUCUAUGAUUAAAAACCUGGACUCUUUUACUUAAGAGCAAAAUGCAGCUGUUAAGCAAAUGAAACCUUUGAUAUUAGACAUAAAAAAAAUUCGAUUUUCAAAUGGAUUACAUUUUAAGAGUUACAAUGGCUAAUGACACUCCUAUUAUUGAAUCACCCUUUUACUCUGUCACUGACAGAUUCCUGUAACAAAAAAAAACAGAGGAUAUACUGCUUAUGACCUUUGGUGCAUGGCCCCUAAUAAUAAUAAUAAUAAUAAUAAUAAUAAUAAUAAUAAUAAAUUAUUAUUAUUAUUAUUAUUAUUAUUAUUAUUAUUAUUAUUAUUAUUAUUAUUAUCCAAUUAAGGCAGAAAUUGUUUCAAUAAGAAAACACUGAGGCAUGCUUUGUUAUGAUUCAUUUUAUUAUCCUUAACAUAUUUAGCUAAUUAUAAAAAAAAAAAAAACAGAUCAGUAAAACAACUGACAAAUGUUAAAUAACCAUGAUUUGCACAAGUUAAGAAAGUUUAACUUUUUUGUUAACAUUAUAACAAUCUAUGAUUAAAUAAAGUAACGUUUACAGGCAGAUACAGGAACCAUGUAAAUCUCUUAUUAAAACAUACUGCUUAUGCAUCAA